AUGGGUCGCUUCGAUCCCGACCAUCGCUUCUGGGCAGUGGGAAGCUACCACACCACCUCGUACGACAACCUAUUCCUCAGCAUCGAUCUCAUGCUCAAAGCUUCAUUGCAUCAUGCGUCUACUCGCGCACUACGACAUUCCAACCUCACCGAUCAUUCCAUGAAUCGCGCUGACUACUUACUACCGCCACUACCCGGCUGUGAUGACCUAAAACAGCCAACAACAAACAACUCGGCGCAGAGUAACGAAAUUUCAACAGACGAAAAGCCACCCACGCCGUACGACUGCUACAGUGAAGUUACCUUCAACCCCCCACUGAAGAAAACAAAAGCAGUCUACAAAGGCUACGAUGCCUACCACUCCCAAAUCCGCAAACUCGACUGGCUAAAAGCCCACCGCGCCCUAACCACCUCCCCCGAAGUAACACCCCACACAACCUGGCUGAUCGAAACCCUCCAAGCCAUCAUCACCCGCUGGGAAGCCGUCCUCCCCUACAUCGCCUCACCCUACCCCAUACCCCCCAACAACCCAUCCGCUUUCACCUAG